GUGAAAAUGUCAAAGUCACGUAAAAUUUGAAAACAGACCUUAUUUUUGUGAUGCGAAGUUGACGAAAAUUUUGUGUCCGAAGUAAAUAAAUGUUCUUAGUGUCUAGUUUAUUCAGAAUCGAAGAAUUAUAAAAUGCGUAUUUGGCAACAAUUGUACCAAUAGUAGCACCAGAUAUAUUUUCAUUUAAAAAACCUAACCUUGCGAUGGCCUUUGCCAGAUUCAUUGGUAAAACCUGCGGCUUUAUGGGAUACGCUUUACAAACAGCUUGCAUUACCCAUUGUGCAUUCGAAUAUGUAGGAGAUUUUGUUAUGUGCUCCGGACCAUCAAUGGAACCAACUCUACAAACCAAUAACAUACUAUUUACUGAACAUAUAUCUCCGCGGUUUCAACGUCUACGGCGUGGAGACAUUGUGAUAUCUAGGAGCCCUUCAAACCCAAAACAGAAUAUCUGUAAAAGAAUAAAGGCCCUUCCCGGUGAUCGUGUUAGAGGCAGCUUCCCUAGGCGCAGCCAGGUAGUACCAAGAGGUCAUGUGUGGUUAGAAGGUGAUAAUUCUAGUAAUUCUGCAGAUUCAAGAGUAUAUGGCCCAGUGCCUGAAGGCUUGAUUAGAAGUAGAGUUGUUUGUCGAGUUUGGCCACUAGAUAAGAUUGCUUUAAUGACUGAACCGAAUUAAACCUGGUUGACUAGAGAGUGAUUUUGUUAACCAUAAGUGCUCCAAGUGAUAUAUAUAAAGUUACUAGCAUAAUAGUAAUGUGUUGUAUAACUAUGUUAUGAACAGCACAGAAUGUGCAAAGUUUAUUUCUGGCUAUUUAUUUGUUUGGUUUUAUGUUGAUCAAAUAUAGUGGUGGUACAAUUAGAAAAGUAUGUAAUGUUACAAAAUAAAUAUAUUUAUUUAGUCAAAAA